GCAAUGGCGACUUCUCACGUCGUCACUUCCGGAAGCCCGUGCGUCAGAGUCCUUUAGUCCCUCGUGUGGCCCCGUAGCGCCGGCAGGGCGGGGCCAGGGCUCCUGCGCCGUCGCUUAUGGCAACAGAGGGACGCGCGCGAGCAGGGCGGGGUAUCGCGGGACGUCGGGGCAGCGGCGGCGAGCGGGCGAGCGGCGUGUUCUGCGGACUCAUGAAUAUUCAUGAACUGGUUUGGUGCUAAUCAAUAUUCAUGAGAUGUGAACAGCAACGAGGGCGAUCGUGACCUAAUCAAUAUGCAUAUUUCAAUAAUAAGGGACAGAUGUGGCACCCUAGGGGCGAGCAGAGACCCCAACCCCUCUGAGGAUCCCCCCCAAUCCAGGAAUGGCUACCCCCACGCCGGGCCCCCCCAGCUCCCUCCUUCUGCCCCUCCCAGCCAUUGUCUUCAUCACUGUGGCCGCCUACCUGCUCCUCCUCCUCCUCAUCCUCGUGCUGCGCCACUGCCUGCUGGCCCAUGGACUCUGCCCUGACUGUUGCUGGUGUGAGAAGGGGAUGCUGGGGGGGCCCUGCCACUGCUGCCUGGCCUGCGCCGAGGCGUGCGACUGUGCCCCUCUCUCCCUCAUCCGUUGCCUGGACACCUGUUGUCCCCGACGCCAGGGCUGGGAGCUCAGCACCUGCCCCCCUUUCCCUCGCUGCUGCCCCCUCUGUGACUGUGCCUGUGCCUACCAGCCCCCGGACUGUCAGAGCAUCAAUUGCAUCUGCUUUGAGGUCAAACUGCUCUGAGGGGAGCCCCGCAAGAAAAUCAGGGGACUCCCCCAUUAGAGACUCUGACUGGCAUGUACUCACUAAUGCUGGAUUGUGGGGAUCCCCUGCUCCCCAAGUGGGGUGAUCCCUUCCUCAUUUUGUUACACGACCCCCAAUAUUUGUAACUCCAACUUUUAUAAUAAAGCAGCUUUGAGAUA